AUGGCCUAUGCGGUAAAAGAUAAAAACAAAUUUCAGAAUAAAUUCUUAUCUACAUCAACCGAACAAGAAUUAUUGAGAGAUUUAUUACACAAUUAUGAACCUGCCGUGAGACCGGUUUACAAUGCACAGUCAGUUGUGACAAUUGAUUUUAGAAUGGACAUUACUCAACUAUUUGAAUUGGAAGAAAAAACUCAAAUAUUAACUACAAAUGUGAGAAUUGAACAGAAAUGGCGAGAUGAAGCUUUGGGUUGGAAUCAAACUGAGUACCAAGGGGUUCGAGGCAUUCGAUUGCCGUCACAUCGUAUAUGGCUACCGGAUUCAAAUCAUUCAAUUGUUUUAUUUAUUAGCGCAUUUGAUUUAUCAUCAGAUUCUCCCGGAGCUUAUCAAGGCGUCGUCAGUGGACCAUACGUAAUGGUAUAUUCAAAUGGCGAUGUUAUGUAUCCAGUAUUAAUGAAAUUACGAACAUCGUGCAAAUUUGCAUCUUGGAUUUAUGAUGUAUCGUCAAUACAUUAUGAAUUGUUAGCAACAAAUAAAAAUGAUCAAACGGAAAGUAUAAGAAAUAGUGGCUGGCAAAUAAUGAACGUCGAACAAGGUCGUGUGUGGCGAUCAAAGAAUAACAAGACUUAUGGUGAACUCGUCUAUGGAGUUCAUAUUAAACGUCGUCCAUUGUAUUACGUAUUCAAUGUGAUUAUACCUUGUGCAAUGUUGAGUGCACUUACGUGCAUGUCUUUCUGGCUUCCAACUAGUUCGGGAGAGAAAGUGACGUUAGGUUUAACUUGUUUUGUGGCCUUUUCAGUUUUUAUGCUUAUGGUGGCAGAAAAAGUGCCGGCAACGUCAGAUACAAUUCCAAUUAUAGGAAUUUAUUUGACGAUUGUAAUGAGUUUGACUUCUAUAUCAGUGAUCAUGGCAGUGGUAGUGUCAAACAUCCAUAGUCAGGCAGCAAUAUGUACUACUGAACGUCAUAAAGCACCAGCGUGGUUAGUUGAUUUAGCACUCGUUAAACUGCCACGAUUAUUAAAAAUGAAAGAAAAAGUGAAAGAUGUACUUAAUCAAAAACGUGUUUACAUGGAAGAUCCAUUAACAUCUGAGUCAAGUCAAAUGCCAUUAUCAGCAACCAAAAAUGAAUUAGAUAUCAAUUAUGAACAUAUGAUUGAAAAUUUACUUUUACAACAAGUUUUAUUAUACACAAAACAUCGUCCUAACCCGAGCGAACUAAAUUUUCAUUCAAAAAACAGUCAUGACGAUUCUUUGUGGAUCAGACAAUCGCAUCGUUCUAAAAACAGAAAUCGUUUUGUUAAAUUAGCUCGUGAUAAACUCGGUGGAGAUGAUGUAGAUGAACUUUUAGUAUUAACACCUUGUAAGCAAAGAUUAACGUCAUUCGCACUGCUGAACAUCAAUUCGUCAUCUUCGACAGAUAAUGACAGUGAACAACAACAACAAUUUCGUCAGUUAGAAACAAUACAUAAUUACUGUGUACAUAGCGAAGAACCAUCUUUGUGUUUGGUAGAAAAACAGAAAGUCGAUAAGAAAACAGAACAAGAAGCUAAUUCAAGUGAUAUAAUUGAUUAUAUUUUGAAGCAAUUUCACAGUACUUCGGCGCAGUCAUCAUUCGAUGAUGAUCAAUUGGACAAUAAUCUUGUUCAUCUGAUCAAAGAACGCAGUAGUCAAAAGCGAACUAAUUCAUCAACUAGUUCUGAUGCAUUUUAUUUUCGUUUACAAUGGUUAACCAUCGCACUUGUCAUUGAUCGAUUCUUCUUUUGGACAUAUUUUUGUGCAACAUUGAUUAGUUACAUAAUUACGCUGUGGCUAAUUCCGAUUUCACAUCCCAAAUUAAUUAUCGAUAUAACAACAUUGUGA